GAACAGAGCACGAUGCCCAUGUAUAGCCCACGGGACAUUUGGCGGAUGAAUGAAGCCUUCCUAUGCGUACACAAUGUUCGGGGGUUUCGCGGAAUAUAGGUGCACUCUACGAGCGCGACGCGUGUUAUAAGGAGGAGCAGAAACUCUGCGAGCGCGGCGUUGCGACCACCCAACAUGAAGUCCAAGCGCUUGCUCUUCUCCCUUCUGCCAUUUGUCGGCACCGCGUUCGCGCAGGUCGCCGCCCCGUACACCGAUUCGGGCAAUGGCUUCGUCUUCGACGGUAUCACCGACCCGACCUACGGCGUGACCUAUGGUAUCGUGCUUCCCCAGGCGAACACCAGCACGGAGUUCAUCGGAGAGAUUGUGGCCCCUAUCGCCGCGAAAUGGGUCGGUGUGGCUUUUGGGGGCGCCAUGAUCGGCGACUUGCUCCUUGUGGCAUGGCCUAAUGGCAAUGACAUCGUGGCUUCGACUCGCUGGGCGACCGAUUAUAUACAACCAACGGAGUACGAUGGUCCCACUCUUACGACGCUUCCUUCGAGUCUCGUUAACUCGACACACUGGAAGUACGUCUACCGUUGCCAGAACUGCACGAGCUGGCAAGGUGGAGGAGGCAUUGACCCUACCGGGACUGGCGUCUUCGCUUGGGCGUAUUCGAGUGUUGGGGUGGACGACCCCUCCGACCCAGAGAGCACCUUCCAGGAGCACACUGACUUCGGUUUCUUCGGUAUAAACUUCCCCGAUGCUCAGAACUCGAAUUAUCAGAACUACCUGCAAGGCAAUCCUGGAACACCUCCGAGUUCCACAACCACGACCACUACCAGCACUUCGACGACUACGACGGGACCUACUGCGUCUGCUACACCGUACGACUACAUCAUUGUCGGCGCUGGUCCCGGAGGGAUAAUUGCCGCGGAUCGUCUCUCGGAAGCUGGAAAGAAGGUACUUCUGCUGGAGCGCGGCGGACCUUCCACCGCGGAGACGGGCGGCACCUACGACGCUCCUUGGACUCAAUCCGCUAACCUUACCAAAUUCGAUGUACCUGGGUUGUUCGAAAGCUUGUUUACAGACCCUAACGACUGGUGGUGGUGCAAGGAUAUAACCUUCUUCGCUGGAUGUCUCCUUGGCGGCGGUACGUCUGUUAACGGAGCCCUGUACUGGUACCCAGCCGACUCAGAUUUCUCGACGGAGAACGGCUGGCCGCAGAGCUGGGCAAACCACCAACCUUACACCAGCAAGCUGCAGCAGCGUCUUCCUAGCACCGACCACCCCUCCACGGAUGGCAAGCGUUACCUGGAAGAGUCAGCAAACGUCGUUGUUCAGCUGCUUAGCAAACAAGGCUACUCCAACAUCACCAUCAACGACAACCCGAACUCCAAGGACCACGUAUACGGUUACAGUGCAUUCGACUUUAUCAACGGCGAGCGUGCAGGUCCCGUCGCGACGUACUUCCAGACCGCGAAGGCGCGCCCGAACUUCACGUACAAAGAUUACGUGCUCGUCAGUCAAGUUGUCCGCAACGGUGCGACCAUCACCGGUGUGCGCACAAACGACACCUCGCUCGGACCUAACGGUAUCGUCCCGCUGAAUCCCAAUGGCCGCGUGAUACUCUCUGCAGGAUCGUUUGGUACUCCCCGUAUCUUGUUCCAGAGCGGUAUCGGGCCGACGGACAUGAUCCAGGCAGUGCAAGCGAACCCAACCGCUGGCGCAAAUCUCCCGGCACAGAGCGAUUGGAUCAACCUCCCUGUUGGCCAGGGCGUGUCUGACAAUCCAUCCAUCAACCUGGUGUUUACGCACCCCAGCAUUGAUGCAUACGAGAAUUGGGCUGAUGUCUGGAGUGACCCUCGUCCUGCGGACGCUCAGCAGUACCUCACAAGUCGCUCGGGUGUCUUCGCGGGUGCUUCGCCGAAGCUGAACUUUUGGCGGGCAUACGGCGGAAACGACGGGUUCACCCGUUACGCACAGGGAACUGUCCGUCCCGGUGCGGCUUCCGUCAACACCUCCCUUCCGUACAAUGCCAGUCAGAUCUUCACGAUCACCGUGUACCUCUCACAAGGCAUCCAAUCCCGCGGUCGCGUCGGUAUCACUUCGGGGCUGAACGCCCAGGCUAUCACGAAUCCGUGGUUGACCGACACCGAAGACAAGACUAUCUUGCUGCAAGCCCUGCAUGACGUCGCCGACAACAUCAAGUCAAUUCCGAAUUUGACUCUCAUCACCCCCGACCCCACCAUGACACUUGAGCAAUACGUCGAUGCGUAUGAUCCGAGCACCAUGUGCUCAAACCAUUGGGUAGGAUCCGCCAAGAUUGGCACUAGCGCAUCCAACGCCGUCGUGGACCAGAACGCAAAGGUGUUCAAUACGAAUAAUUUGUUCGUCGUCGACGCCUCGAUCAUCCCAGCGUUACCAAUCGGUAACCCCCAUGGUCAGCUCAUGUCUGCAGCAGAGCAGGCCGCAGCCAAGAUCCUCGCACUUGCCGGCGGGCCGUGAGGCGCGGACGAUCGUGCAUGGAAGCCUGACGCGAUGCGUACAGGUUCAAAAGGGUCCCUACUAUCUGACUUGCUGUUGCGGUCUUGUACUUGUAGACUAUAUACAUGUGUAUCGGGAUCAUCGCGGCGUGCGCAUCAAUUUAUCGUGCGUGUUGUGAACAAAGGCAUCUCAAUAAAACACCGGAUCGGAAUCAACGCUGCCCCGUAAGGCUGGGAAAGUGCACGAGUAUCUGGAAUGACCUGACGCACAGCUCAGCUAUCAACCCCGCACCCUACGUCUAGCCUCCCAGACGUACGUCGAGACCGGAAAUUCGCUGGCUCCGGACGUGCACAGCUACAGACACUGCGACCCACAUACUUUGACUUCAAUCGCCAAGUGGAGCAUACUUGCCUCGCGCGUUUGACGCAAGUGUGGACCGACUCUUGAUGCCAUGGAGUACAAGGUGAUGGCUAGCUGGGGCUGCGAAGGCGUGAAGCCGGCCUGGCUAAGGGGGAGACGACGCCAAUUACAACAGUUGAGGGAAGUCUGGCCUAUACAUGGUUUGACAGACUAGUACUUGGAUCCUCUGUAGCCCAAAAUGGAUAGUAGGCGUGUAUUCCACACGUUGCGGGAUUGAAAGGCGAGCUGCUCCGAGCACUGCGG